AUGCAGCUCACGCGCCUCCUCCCGUUCGGCUUCGCCAUCACGUGUGCAAGUCUCGCAGCACCGGCACCGGAACCAACUGCUCUUGCUGUCCUGCCUAGAAUUCAUUCCAAUGAAUACAUUAAUUACACGACUCUUACUGGUUUCUUCUUGCAGGAUGAUCCAGCUACCUCCACUACGGGUUUUGACUAUGCAGCUGUAAAUUUCGGCUUGAUCAACAGAACAUAUUCAACCGAUAGCGAGGUCCCUGCGGACUGGACACAAUGGCAGAAGUUCGAUCACUACGUCUGGCGUCUGAAUCGUGGCAGUGGACGUUUUGUCCAAUAUAAAGUCUUGUACAUGGGCCGUCAUGGUGAAGGAUAUCACAACGUCGCUGAAACAUACUACGGAACUCCUGCUUGGAACUGUUACUGGUCCCUCAAAGACGGCAACGGAACCGUAUCCUGGGCCGACGCACGCAUAACCCCCAACGGCGUCGCGCAAGCCGUAAAAGCGCACGACUUCUGGGCCUCCCACAUCACCAGCCAGAAAAUUCCCGUGCCAGAGACAUACUACACAUCCCCCUUGACGCGGUGCUUACAAACAGCAAACAUCACGUUCUCCGGCCUCGAUCUGCCCUCGCGUCAACCCUUCAUCCCCACCGUAAAAGAGUUAUUCAGAGAAGGGAUUUCUGGGCACACGUGUGACAGACGCGGCACGAAAACGUACAUCCAGGAUGCAUUCCCGGCAUAUAAGAUUGAGGCCGGUUUCUCGGAAGAUGAUCUGCUCUGGAAACCGCUCCAGGGCGAGGUGCCAGUCGACGAAGACAUCCGCAGCAAGAUUGGUCUAGAUGAGGUAUUUGACAGUGAUGACAGCACAUAUAUCUCCAUCACCAGCCACUCGGGAGAAAUUGCUUCCCUUUUACGAGUGCUUGGUCAUCGCAACUUUAGUCUGAGUACUGGACAGGCCAUUCCUGUGUUGGUUAAGGCGGAGACGAUUGAGAGCAAGCCGAUUGUUACUGCUAGCCAGGCGUGGACCACUAUCUCGACUUGUAGCACAGCGCCGCCACUUCCUACUGCCACCUAG